AGUCGCUUGCUGUGCAAUAUUCGUGUCAUUUGCGUGCAAAUGCUGCGCAUCCGCAUCUAUUGUUUGUCUUUGUUGUUGUUGUGCGACUUGCUGUGACAAAUGUGCUUGUGCAUCUGCCGUUGCGGACGUUGGCACGUUGUCUGUUUGUGCGCCUGCCUCUUGCUUUUCAAUAUCGACAAUUGUCACUUCUUUUACCGCUUCAGCUGCAUUUGCGUCUUCAAGUGUGGUACGCAUACAAUUGACCACACGGAACCGGCUCUCGUGCAUUGCUUGCCGCAUUUCCUGUCUUGCACGUUCGGUAUGAUUACUAGGUGGUCGCAUAGAUUUCUGUAGUACAAGUUCUUUGGCAGCUUCUUUUGUAAGUCGCGCUAACUGCGUGGUAGCGCCAUCAUCCUAAAUUUGAAUAAUGUUUAAAUAUGUAUUUCUAAAAAUUGGUUUUUGUCUUUUUAUUUUAAAUAUAUUUACAUAUGAAUGUAUAUAUUUAAUGUAUCAACUAAUAAGUUUAAACGUUAUAUACUUUACCUGAUCCUGUAUUGUGCCCGCAAAUUUGAGUAUUGUUGAUACUUCGCCAUCCUUGUCAUUUACAGCCCCAUCAUGGCCUGUGCCAACCUCUGCAGCAGUACCUGCGGCCUCGUCCGCUGCUUCCCCUCCUGCGUUAUCUUCUAAACGGCGUCGCUUCUUGCUAUUUAAUAUGAAUGCACUAAGCGGCUCCUCAUCAAUUCUGCGUUUUAUACGAACAACCGCUGGCAUUUUUAACAAAAACACUUAACUUUCUCUUUUUAACUUAUAUUAAUUUAUUAAAAAAUGUGUAUGUCUAGACGAAUCCUGAUUUCAACCGUUUUAAAGUAUGUGCAGCGAAAAACGAGACAAGCCAAGAAAAUUCCAACAAAGAAAUGUGCGACCUUUUUCGUUAGCAGUGUGACCCAAUUGAUAUUACCAUUACCAUUUAUAAUGGUUUUCGUUUAUUUUUAGGUUUUUUAAUAAUGUGCUUUUUAAUAUUAAUUAUAAAAAGAUUUAACUUGAGUAAGAAAAGAAAAUAUCUUAUUUGGAAUAUGGAAAAAAUAUGUUUCUAUUAAAAUCAGCAAUCUUUCUCAAACUUACAUCACUGACACAUACAAAAGUGCUGACAAUAACGACAGCAAUAACUGACAACUGUGUAUUGUCAGAUUUGACAUUUCAUAAAAUUUGUGGUUGGAGCUUUUCAUUACUUACCACUGCAGUUCCAGCCAAUUUUCAUUAAGAUUUUUCGUUUUUAUUUUACACGCGAGUGGAUCCAAUACUACCGUGUAUAAGUUAAUAACGAUUAACGUAUUGACACUAUUAACGCAAGACGAAUUAAGCGAUUAACUCUGCAAUGAUGUCUAUGUCAGCUAUGAAUGUUAUGAUGAAGCGAUCCGCUACCGCCGGAUUACAAAUGUUGCGGCCUCAAGCUAUUGCUGUAGUUGGAGCCACUUUGGGCAGUGACAAGCAGCAAACACGCGGCGCAGCAAAAUGGUAUCCGGACCCAGAAUUCAUGAAACAAUUCAGUGGUCCUGUCAUGUAUCCAGAUGAGUCCACAGCCCUCAUGAAACUUCCACCAUGGAAUAGUAAGAUUAUGCCUGUGGAAAAGUCCGUACGUAAUUUGACAAUUAAUUUUGGUCCACAGCAUCCAGCAGCUCACGGUGUGUUACGUUUAGUAUUGGAACUGGAUGGUGAGACUGUAAUGCGCGCUGAUCCCCAUAUUGGCUUGUUGCAUCGUGGAACCGAAAAGUUGAUUGAAUACAAAACCUACACGCAGGCAUUACCAUACUUCGACCGUCUUGAUUAUGUAUCGAUGAUGUGCAACGAGCAGUGCUAUUCCUUAGCCAUAGAGAAAUUGUUAAACAUUGAAGUGCCAAUACGCGCCAAAUAUAUUCGCACACUCUUCGCUGAAAUUACACGUAUUCUCAAUCACAUUAUGGCCGUGGGUACACACGCUUUGGAUGUGGGCGCGCUAACACCUUUUUUCUGGCUUUUCGAGGAACGUGAGAAGAUGAUGGAAUUCUACGAGCGUGUAUCCGGCGCACGUAUGCACGCCGCCUAUAUACGCCCCGGUGGCGUGUCACUGGAUAUACCACUCGGCCUAAUGGAUGAUAUUUACGAGUUUGCAUCUAAAUUUUCCGAACGUUUAGAUGAAGUGGAAGAUGUGCUCACCACCAACCGUAUUUGGGUGCAACGUACUGCUGAUAUCGGUAUUGUGUCGGCCGAAGAUGCGUUAAAUUAUGGCUUCAGUGGCGUUAUGCUGCGAGGUUCGGGCAUUAAAUGGGACUUGCGUAAACAGCAACCUUAUGAUGCAUAUGAACUAGUUGACUUCGAUGUACCAAUUGGCACCAAGGGUGAUUGUUACGAUCGUUAUUUGUGUCGUAUUGAGGAAAUGCGUCAAUCGUUGAGAAUUAUCGAUCAAUGUUUGAAUCAAAUGCCAGCUGGUGAAAUUAAGACCGAUGAUGCUAAAAUAACACCUCCUUCACGUGCUGAAAUGAAGAACUCAAUGGAGGCACUCAUUCAUCACUUUAAACUCUUCACUCAAGGUUAUCAAGUACCACCUGGCGCUACAUACACAGCAAUUGAAGCACCAAAGGGGGAAUUCGGUGUUUACUUGGUAUCGGAUGGCUCAAGUCGUCCAUAUCGUUGUAAAAUUAAGGCACCUGGUUUUGCACAUUUGGCGGCCUUAGACAAAAUUGGUAAACAACAUAUGUUGGCUGACAUAGUGGCGAUCAUCGGUACGCUCGAUGUAGUGUUCGGCGAGAUCGAUCGAUAAAUACAAAUAUUUGCUGGCAAGGUUAAAUUUUAGUCAAAUAUAAAGUGUAAAAUGGAGUUUUUCUGCAAACUUCUGUGUUAAACAAAGAAAAGCUUGUAAUAAACAGAGUUUAUUUAAACCAAAAAAUUAGCGAAAACGAAAAUAUGUACAAACAUACAUAUAUGUGUAGUUCUUGUUGUUUUAGCGAGCAAUGUUUAUUUAUGUUGGAGAAAAGGUGGUGUUACAAGUUCUGUUUUUAAUUAUUUAUAUACGAAACAUACAUAUUUUGUUACAGACAGUGUUCAAAACUAAAUUAAUUUUUGUAGUUCGAAAAAAGUUGAAUACAUGCAAAUUCAUGUACACCCUAAUUAUAUACUAUACUUUAUGUUACCUUGCAUAUCGAAGCUGUAUUUAAUAAUUGUGUCAGGGUUAUCAAAAGUUUCUAAGUGUUAGAAACGUAUGCAAAAAUGCUUUGGAUAUAUGUAUGCGGUCAAGCUGUUCCGAUUGGAAGUGUAUUAUUUAAUAAAAAGGAUUUGUUGUUUA